AUGGAGAAGAAACUAUUAUCAACACCUUCUGAAAAACUCGCAGCAGAUGCAGCUGAUGAAGUGACUUGUCAAAACCACAUGAAUGCUUACACUGCUUGUCUAUAAAAACAUUCGCUUACAAAUAACUAUAAGGAAUGUGUCAAACAUAUGGCUUAAUUUCGAUACUGUCUUAUUAUGGCUGCCAAUGUCCAAAUGGAAGCACAUAAAAAGCCAGAGUGA